AUGCACAGCUACAGGCCAAGUGAGAUGGACCCAAAGGUGCUGGGGGUUCAGGAGGGUGCACCUGUUGACCAGCUCCCUGGCCGCUGGGGUCCGGUGUUCACGGUGUGGCUGGGCCCGCGCCCUGCAGUGGUGCUGUGCAGCUACGCAGCGCUGCGGGACGCAUUAGUGCUGCAAGCGGAUGCCUUCUCCGGCCGCGGGGCCAGGGCAGUCUUCGAACGCUUCACACGCGGAAACGGCAUCGUGGUUUCUAACGGGCAGCGCUGGCGGACGCUGCGCAAUUUUGCACUUGGAGCACUUAAGGAGUUCGGCUUGGGUACGCGGACCAUCAAGGACAGUGUCCUGGAAGAGGCGCCUUGUCUGCUCGGCGAAUUUCAAGACAGCGUUGGAGCUCCGUUCGACCCCUGGCGGCUACUAGAUAAUGCUGUAUCUCAUGUUAUGUGUUCCGUGGUCUUUGAGAACCGCUAUGGCUACGAGGACCCGGAGUUCCUGAGGUUCCUGGACCUCUUCAAUGACAACUUCCGCAUCAUGAGUUCCAGAUGGGGUGAGAUGUACAUUUUCCCCUCUCUCCUAAAAUGGCUCCCAGGCCCACACCACGGAAUCUUCCGAAACUUAGCAGAGCUUAGAGUUUUCAUCUCUCAGCAAACCCACAGCAACCGGCAGCCCAGGGAACCCCGCAAUUUCAUCGAUUGCUUCCUUGGUUGGGUCAAACGGAUAAGGCACAGGGGCCCCGAGAGCCAUUUCCAGGAGACACUGGUGAUGACGACGCACAACCACUUCUAUGGCAGUACCGAGACCACAAGCACCACCCUGCGCUGUGGACUCCUCAUUCUGCUCAAACACCCAGAGGUGGCAGCCAAAGCGCAGGCGGAGCUGGAUCCCGUGGUAGGUCGAACGUGCGCCCCAAGCCUGGAGGACCAAGCGCGCCUGCCCUACACCAACGCCACGCUGCAGGAGAUGCAGAGCGUCUUCAGCGUGCUACCGCUGGAGCUGCCGCGUGCCCUCACCUGUGAUGCCCACCUGCGCAGCCACUUCCUGCCCAAGGGCACCUUCAUGAUUCCUCUCCUUGUGUCUGCACACCAGGAUCUCACCCAAUUUAAGGACCCAGACUGUAUCAAUCCCACCAACUUCCUGAAUGACAAGGGUGAGUUCCAGAGCAACAAUUCCUUCGUGCCCUUUGCCCCAGGUCUGGGCUGGUCCUUCAUGCCCUUUGCCCCAGGUCUGGGCUGGGCACGGAGGGGACCAGCCUGGACAUGCCGUGGGGUGCAUGGGUUUCUCACCCCACACCCCCACGUCCCCAGGAAAGCAACGUGCCUGGUGCAGGCCUGGCCCGAUCCAAGAUCUUCCUCACCUCCACUCUACAGCAGUUCUGCCUGCUCCCUGCGGGGAGCCCCACCAACAUCGACCCCACCCCACAGUGCACUGGCCUGGGCAACGUGCCCCCAGCCUUCCAACUCUGUCUGGCGGCCGCUGAAGUCAGGUUCAGCCACCCUCUGCUCACUGGCUCUCAGACCUCCUUACCCUCUUUGA